AUCCACCAAACUUACCGUUGACUACAUCACACUCUAUUCCUUUUUGGGUUUUCUCACCGUUCCCCUCUCUCUAUUUCCCUCUUCCACUUCACACUCUUAUAACUUCAAGAAAGAGAAAAAAAGGGACAAUGCAUCGUUGAUUGCUGCUGCUGCUUCUUCUUUUUCUUCUAUCACCAACUUCAAGCGCUCUCAGGCCUUGAGCUGUUAAGAAGCUCAGCGGCUUCACGCCGCCGCAUCGCGCAGCACCUCCAUUUGAACCGCCGCCACCAUCCCCGUCGCACCCCACCAUGAAGUGCCAGCCAACAUGACCGGUAGAGGCCGCCGCACCGCACGUCCAGUCGCACUUGACCGUCGCUGGGAGCACAUCACGCCAUUACCGGUGAGAAGUUAGCCUUAGAGUGCAAUUCUUUGGGAAUGGAUUUGGACGACCCAUUUUGUGAUGAUAUUCUGGGGACAGUUAAAAGUAAACCCAAGGCUGGUGGCAAGUUUCAACCAAAGGCUAAAGCCAGUGCGAAAAAUGGGACUUCUACAUCAGUCCCAUCAGCUCCUUCAGGUUCUACCGAUGAAAAUUCUGUUAGACUAACCCCCUCAGGCUUAGAGACUAAACAAUAUGCUCAGCCCGUUGUCGCAGAAGAUAAAUUGACAACUGCGGAUGGAAUUUCUGCAGCUACCUCAGAGAUUGUAUGCAUUAACCAGAAAUCAAAAGACAAUGAAAGCUCUUUUACUGACAACAAAAGCUUGGAAUCAGUCAAGACCUCAUCCCAACACGUGAUAGGAGAGGAUAUUGGCUCUAAAGAUGCUCUGCAUCCAGAGGUUGGAACAUCUGAGAGCAACAUUGGUUGGCAUUCCUGCAUAGGAAUCUUGUCAGCAGAGAUAGACUCCAUGGAAUUUGAAUUGGAGCCCUUUGGAGGUAUUCUUUCCGAGGCUGACGCAACAAAUGGUAAUGAUGAUCGGGAAGGUUCCCUUUCUCAUUCGAAAAUGCCUACUUUUCUUGAUUUCAACAAUAAGGAUUCAGUGGAGCAUUUUGGUAUUCGGGCAUGUAAUUCUGUUGACUCUUCAGCACUCAGGUCAUGUGAUGCUGCAGAGCCUCAAACUCAUCCUUAUGCUCAUAUAAACCAAGAUACAGUUACUUGCAGGGAAGCUGGUGUUUCUAACAAGGGUGGAGAUGUUCAGAUUGAUAAUGGAAGUUUCAGGAAGCUGGGGCCUUUUCUGGCAUGGAAGAUCUAGAUUUUAUGUCUCAGGACAAUAUUCCAUUUGGACUGCAUGCUGGCAAGUUUCGACCCAAGCCCAAGAUGAAAGCAAUAAAAGAGAAACCUAGUACUGACACCUCUCACCCAGAAGUUGAGUCUGUUAUGCAUUCACAAGCUCCUGAGUUGGUUCCUUCUGACACUGGAUAUGCG